UUCUCACUUUCCACUCAUCCCCAAAUCAACAACACAACACAACCUACUCUCCCACUCUCUCUCUUUCUCUCUCUUGCAAUGGCUGCAAUUCUCCUCUUCACCAUUGCAUCCCUUUCCUCACUUUUCACCUCAACCACCGCUCGAAUCCCCGGAGUCUACUCCGGUGGCCCCUGGACCAGCGCUCACGCCACUUUCUACGGCGGCAGCGACGCCUCCGGAACAAUGGGUGGUGCUUGUGGCUACGGAAACUUAUACAGCCAAGGCUACGGCGUCAACACCGCCGCACUAAGCACAGCACUAUUCAACAAUGGCUUAAGCUGCGGUGCAUGCUUCGAGCUCAAGUGCGACCAAGAUCCUCGUUGGUGUAACCCCGGAAACCCUUCCAUCUUAAUCACUGCUACAAACUUCUGUCCUCCCAAUUUCGCUGAACCUAGCGACAAUGGUGGCUGGUGUAACCCUCCUCGUCCACACUUCGAUCUGGCCAUGCCCAUGUUCCUCAAGAUCGCUCAGUACCGCGCCGGAAUCGUCCCCGUCGCUUACCGCCGGGUGCCAUGUAGGAAGACAGGAGGCAUCAGAUUCACAAUCAACGGUUUCCGUUACUUCAACUUGGUUCUAAUCACCAACGUCGCGGGUGCAGGGGAUAUCGUGCGCGUGAGUGUAAAAGGAACCAACACUGCAUGGAUGACAAUGAGCCGUAACUGGGGGCAAAACUGGCAAUCCAACGCAGUUUUUGUGGGCCAGGCUCUCUCUUUUAGGGUCACCGGCAGUGACCGUCGUACAUCAACGUCAUGGAACGUGGCACCACCUCAUUGGCAGUUCGGACAAACCUUCACCGGAAAGAAUUUCCGCAUCUAAAAAAAAAGAAAAAUCAAUAUUUUUGAAGUUUUUCCAUCUAAAUUUUCCUUUAUUUUCCCGGGAAAAUUUUGAAGUGGUUACAGUAAUAGUAUUAGGGUUUAUAAAAAGUUGGUAGUUUUAGGAAAAGUGAAAGUAAAAGUGAAAGUUAAAGUUUAUUAAGUUGAAGGGGAAAGGGUGUUUGUAUUAAAGUAUUAAAGUGUUGCUAAAAGUGUGAUAUGUGAUAUGGGUGAUGCUGGUAUAUUAAUUACCCAGCAUUUGGAACCCAUUUCUUUGUGUUUUUUUAUGAACUCAAAAAGUGUGUAAUGGCUGAAGAGGUUGCAAGGAUAAUGAACAUGUAGCCCGCAGCUCUAGUUUGUUACUAUAUCGAUGUUAUCUUAUAUUUCAGUUGUUAUAAUUGGUUUUUUUGUUAUGAA